CUCCCAGAGAAGAUGAUGAAAAAUAUUUCCAACCCAGGGAAGAUGUAUGAAUACCUUGGCCAUAGGAGAUGUAUACCGGGAGAAAGAACUAGAAGCCUUCCAAAUGGCACAGCAGAAAUGUUUGCACCAGAAGAAGGGACAAGCAGUUUUGUAUGAAGGUGGAAAAGGCUAUGGAAAAAGUCAGCUGUUGGCUGAAAUAAACUUCCUAGCCCAAAAGGAAGGACACAGGGUGUUACCACUGAAGCUGAAGGAAGCAGAUUUCAAGCAGUGCUUCUAUGCCAUCCAGACUCUCAUGGCCAUCUUCUUUGAGAUUGAUGCAUGUCCAGCCUAUUACCGGCAAGAGUGCCUACACAAACAGCUCCGUGGGAUGGUGGAGGAACCUCUUCACUGCCUUUUUAAUGACCUCUUCUUUGUGAAGUUUCCCUUGUCCUUCAAAGUUUCGCACAUGGAUGACCUGACCAGACAAAAGAAGGUUAAGGCAUGUUUUUUUCAAGUGCUUCAGGAGUGAGGGAAACACCACUGAUUUUCCUCAUUGACGAAGCC